CACUCCUGCCGCCUUCCGCCUUCCGCCAUUCUCUGUGACGUCGUUCCGGUGGUUAGCGCUCGAAGCUAGCAGGUUGCUAACGUUGUAGCUCGUCUACGUCCACUUUCACUCUAAAGUGCAGCCAUGGAGAUAGGGACGGAAAUCAGCAAGAAAAUAAGAGCUGCUAUCAAAGGCAAGCUACAAGAGCUCGGCGCCUACAUCGACGAGGAACUCCCGGAUUACAUCAUGGUGAUGGUCGCCAACAAGAAAACCUCCCAGCAGAUGGCGGACGAUCUCUCGCUUUUUCUGGGAAACAACACCGUCAAGUUCACAGCCUGGCUGCACGGCGUCCUGGAGAAGUUAAGAACAGUUGCAGUGGAGCCCUCCUCCGUCAGACACGAGCCGCAGUCAAUCGGCAGCGUGCCUGCCACGAGGACGGACGAGUUCAAGUCCAACCCUCGCUCUGACAGGACGGAAUCGCGCAGGUCCUCCCACGACAGCAGGAGGCCCGGCGCCGAUUUGGGCUCGUCCCGCCUGACGUCCGCCGUCAAGCCCCUCGUGGAGCUCCUCCCCUCCGAGGCGGUCAUCGACAUCAAGCCGGAGACGGACGACGACUUCGGCGAGGACCCCGCCGAGGCGGCCGUCGCACCGAGGGCCGCGCGGGGCGCCGCCGGUCGGCCGUCCGUGGAGCUCUACAGGCCGGGCCAGAGCAAGCUGAGCAACGCGUCGCGUUCCGCAGAAGGUUCCUUGCACGGGCGGCAUCAAGACGGCGGGAGCGGCAGAACUUCCAAGGGCGGGUCCGUCAAGGAGGAGUUGUCGCGGAAACGCAAGGCGCCCGCGGUGAGCUCGGUGGUGCAAGUGAACCGCGACUCGGACGAGGAAAGCGACGACAUGGACGACGACAGCGAGGAGGAGGACGAGGACGCGAGCUACGCGGGCCGAGGCCUGUCCAGUCGGGUGUCGCUACCGUCCAAACCGGAACGAAAGCCGACCCUCCCGCCGGCCAAGCAGGCCAACAGGAAUCUGAUCCUGAAGGCCAUCUCCGAGGCGCAGGACUCCAUCAACAAGACGACCGCCUUCCCGAUAGCGCCGCAGAGGCGGACGGUUCCCGUGGCCCCGCGAGCCCGCUCGGCCCGAGCCGACCAGAUGACGGCCGCCGUCCAGCUGGUGCGCCGGCACCUGCGCGGCGAGGCCGGCGGGGGGCCGGGGUACACGCCCGAAGAGCGGCCCGCCGGCAGUGCUCUCGCUCCAGCCAGAUCUGCGGCUUCAAAUGCGCCGUCAGACUUGACACAGCGCGACAAUGGAGACAAGAGUGAUGAUUCGGGCGGCGGGACGAAGCAGUUCGACACGCGCUCCUUCAUCGUGAGUCGCCCGCAGCCGGACGGCAAGCGGAGGGACGAGCCCGCUCUCCCGCGCACCGUGCAAGCCAGCAAGGAGAAGGAGCUCUCCUCCAGCCCCAAGUUCAUCGUGACGCUGGAGGGGGUCCCGAGCCCGCCGGGGAACCCGGCGGAGUCGGACGUGGAGCUGGACGACGUCAGGCCGCCCUCCAAGCCUGCCAAAUCCAAAGUCGGCGUCCUUCAAAGACUGCAAGGGGCCCUGUCGCUGGGAGUGGGCGCCACGGAAGCGGAGAUGCUCGACGUCGACUCGGCGCCUUUGAAGAAGCAGAAAGUGAUGGAGCGCUGCAAGUUCUGGCCGGUGUGCAAGAGCGGAGACGAGUGCGCCUAUCAUCACCCGACCAGAACGUGCAAGACGUUCCCCACGUGCAAGUUCGGCGACAAAUGCCGUUUCAUCCACCCCAACUGUAAAUACGACGGCAGGUGCAGCAAGCCCGACUGUCCGUACACCCACGUGAGCCGCAGGGGCGCCGUGGCCCCGCCCGCCCGGCCAGGUGCUGCGCCCAAAUCUUUCGGAAACCCCCGUCGUCGUCUGUUCCUAACGCAAAAGCCCUUUGCCCUCCCGACAGUCGCACCACCGGCGCAAACGGCGAGCACGUGCCGCUUCUUCCCGCAGUGCAAGAAGAUGGACUGCCCUUUUUAUCAUCCUAAGCCGUGUCACUUCGCCGGCCAGUGUAACCGAGACGGCUGCACCUUCUUCCACCCCAGCGCGUCUGUGCCUCCCAGACACGCCCUGAAGUGGACCAAGACACAGAGCAGCUAAUGACGUCUCGACUUCAGUUUGUGACGACCGCAGAUGUCCCGUCAAGACCUUCCAUGGAUUUUAUUUGGUGGUUUUUUUUUUUUUUUUAUUGUUUCUCUUAUUCAUCUGUGGCGUUGUGAGUAGCAUUUUUAAAAGAAGAGUUUUGCAAGUUGCUGUUUUUUGUUUUGUUUUUUGGGCCAAAGCUGUCAGACUAUUAAAAUACUUGAUGCAAAAAAACACAA